AUGCACUCUACGUCUCCCCCAAAGUACGACUAUGUUCCGGUUUCUGACGACGAAGAGAAAAUCCCAAGGGCGUGGUCGUUGAGAGAAAGUCACGCACAGUUUACUUGGUCCAGAUGGAUGUUCUUGGUACUAUUUGCGACCAGCUCCUUCUUCCUAGGCGGGCUUGCGGGCUUUGGAGCAGGAAAAGCCUCCAUGCUUGACGUUUCAUAUGAUGUACCUUUGCAGCCGCUUUCCAUCGCUUUUAGAUCGAACAGAACUUUCCUGCAACGUCCCUCGAACGAGUCCAACGCCAUCUGGAGUUCCCUCUAUCCAGGCAAUCAUGGCUUUUUCAACUAUCCCGACAAGAACCCCCGUCGUUCCACCUUUGCGGGAUUUCAUCAGCUGCACUGCGUUACCGUGCUAGGCAUUGUUCCGCACUCACUCACUCGCUUCUCCUACAAACAGGACACAUUACGCCGCGGCUUCUACCAAGUCUGGGAUGCGAAAACAGCGCUGGAAAACGGCACGAACCCCGCGGACCUACCACCAGAGUCGAUCACGCUAAACCACGUCUUGCAUUGCAUCGAGUUCCUGCGGCAGAGCGUUAUGUGUCAUGCCGAUACGACGAUAGAGGCCAAGGAUGAGAAUCUGCAUGGGGUAGUGGGUUUUGGCAUUGCUCAUGCCUGUCGAAACUGGGACCAGAUGGUAAAGUGGGUGGAGGAUCGAAAUGCGAGAGAACUAUAG